AUGAGCUGCCCAGCCUCACAGAGGCCGCAGCUGACGGCUGCAGCAAUGCCAGUUGCAGACAAGCCGAAGGAGAGGAGGCACAGGAAGUCCAAGGAGGCCUCAACAGAGGGUGGCCAUCACCACCACCGCUCACACGAGAAGAAAAAGGGAAAGAGCGCCGCCACCGCAGAUGCAUCGACUUCGUCGACGAUGACCUUGUCUGCACCCAAACGCCGCGGCACCGAGGCGGAUGAGGAUGAUGAGGACUGGGAGGAGAACCGCGCCGCUGUGGAGCGGCUUUGCUCACAGUACCCCAACAACGUCUGCGCCGACUGUGGGGAGACAGGUACUCGCUGGGCUUCCGUCAACUAUGGCGUCUUUGUGUGCAUUCGCUGCUCCGGCGUGCAUCGCUCCUUGGGCGUGCACAUCUCGAAGGUCAAAUCGACAAACAUGGACCGAUGGUCCCUGGCAGAGGUGCGUCUGAUGGAGGCGAUCGGCAACGCCAAGGCGAAGACCCUCUACGAAGCCCGUCUUCCCACUGGCGUGCGUCCCUCUGGCCGCGCGGAUGCCGCGGCGGACGACGCUGUCAGGUCCUUCAUCCAGCGCAAGUACGAGCAGCGCGAGUUUGCCAUGCGUAACCUCCAGGACGUGCUCGGAAGGCUGUACAAGGACACCGGAUACGGCCGACCAAAGAUGGCGUCGAAGCCGGGAGCGGCAGCCGAGGGGACCGUCACCUCGUCCACGCGAGGCAGCAGCUCUGCUGCCGUGCCGACCGAUCGGGCCGCCGCUACAGGUAAGAGAGGCGAUACCAUGCGCGCCCUCUACGGCGAUGCCGCUGCGGAGAUGCAACGGGGCUCGACGAGGAGGAAGGACGCGGCCAGGCUGUCCGCGGCGCUGGCACCAAAGCCGACGUACGGCACAUUUGGUAUGGUGAACGUGCCAGGGGAGGAGUACGAGGCGCGGUGGCAGCGCACGCUGGCGGUGUUCUCCUCUGUAGAGCCCCUGCCAGCAGCGGCGGCGGCGCCAGCAGGGGAGAUGCUGAGUGCAGAUGAGAGGGGAAAGAAAGGCGGUACCACGAUUGUCACUCCUCUGACAGACCCUAGCGACACCACUGCUGAGCGUCCGCAGAUGGGCGGAGCGGAGGCGACUCCGGCGGCAGCUUCGGCUUCCUCCGUUGUAGUGUAG